AUGUAUUCAGGUACAAUUGACAGUCACUUACUAACCCCUCCUCUCCUCCUUAGACCGAAGCGUCUCCUCCCCCCCAGUCUGUGUGAGUUCCUGGAGGCUGAUGGAGGAGAGGGAGACCAGCAGAGAAUCAUCCCAGGUCACAACCGUCUCUACUUCCGCUCAGACAGCUGUACCCCCAAAACACCCCAGGAGGUAGAUCACGACAGUGAGGAUGAGACAGACCCCUUCUGGCUCCGAGAGAGGACCAUCAUGCAAAUCCAGGAGUUUACAGACGUGAACGAUGGAGAGAAGGAGGUGAUGAAGCUAUGGAACCUUCACGUUAUGAAGUAUGGGUACGUACCCCGCAUUAAAGCCUUGGCCUCGUUAUACAGCCUCUGUUUAAAGCAUCAUGAGACGUUGCUGUGUGUCGUUCUCUAGACGUUGCUGUGUGUCGUUCUCUAGACGUUGCUGUGUGUCGUUCUCUAGACGUUGCUGUGUGUCGUUCUCUAGACGUUGCUGUGUGUCGUUCUCUAGACGUUGCUGUGUGUCGUUCUCUAGACGUUGCUGUGUGUCGUUCUCUAGACGUUGCUGUGUGUCGUUCUCUAGACGUUGCUGUGUGUCGUUCUCUAGACGUUGCUGUGUGCCGUUCUCUAGACGUUGCUGUGUGUCGUUCUCUAGACGUU